AUGUCCUCAUCGGGAAAAGCCACCGCUGCCUCCUCCUGCCUCUCCUCCCAGUGCUUCGACCUCCUGACCAAGUCCUGCGUCAAGUGCUCUGACUUGUUCAAGGACAACGCAACAGAGCCCGCUCGUGCGGUGCCCACCUCUGCCCUGGCGCCCACCCUCCCCUCGGCGGACCUGCCCAGCACCCUCCUGAUCUUCGGGGUCCCGGCGGUGGUGGGGUUCAUCUUGAUUCUGGCUACUCUCUUGGGCUUCCUGGCCUGCAAGGUGGGGAAGUGGAGGAGGAAGAGGAAGGCGGCGGACAAGGAGGAUGAAGCAAAUGUGGAUGCUGCCACUGCCCUGCCCAACCUGGGAUGCCAGGACCCUGCCAUGCUGGAGGGAGAGACCCAACUGGCUCUGGCCCCAUGCCCCCAUCUCAAUGGAGGCCUGCAGAUGCCGGGCCCACCUGGGAAAGCUGAGGCGAAGUGGAAGCCAUGUUGCCGGGGCAAUGCUGACGGCGACAUCGUCCUGCUCUCCGACAUGUACCUCCGGCGUGAGGAGUGCAACCACGGCUUCCCACUGCCCGCCACCGAGCUGGGGGCUGCAGCCCUGGUCACCACCAAAACCACCCAGAACUGCUCCAGCGAGGAGAGAGCCUGA